CAGAUCAGGUUGUCUGAGAUCAAGUCGCACGAUGGCUCCUCUCCACGACCAUGGGUAACAAGAGGUCGAUCCGUAUAUGAUAUCACCGAUUGGAUAGGUGUGCACCCUGGAGGAGAAGUGAUACUUCGAGCUGCUGGUGGAAGUAUUGAUGCUUACUGGGACAUCUUCAGCAUCCACAAGAAGCAGGAUGUUUAUGAUAUCCUUGAACAAUACAAGAUCGGCGAAAUUGACGAGCAAGACUUGAUCGAUGGCAAACUUCCAUCUGAGGCCAUCGACGACCCUUUCACGACAGAUCCAGCUCGACAUCCUGAGCUGCGAACACUAACCGCCAAACCAUGUAAUGCCGAAACUCCAGGCAAAGGCUUAGCGGAAUUUCUGACGCCAAACGAGAUGUUCUAUGUUCGCAACCAUAUGUGGGUUCCAGUCGUUGAGGACGGAAAGCAUGAAUUGACAAUUGAGCUCCCCGAUGGAGAGGAGAAGUCGUACACGCUGAAGGACCUUAAGGAACGUUUUCCAAUGCAUAAAGUGACAGCGACAUUGCAAUGCGCAGGCAACAGAAGGAAAGAUAUGACUGACCAUGCAAAAGCAACGAAUGGUCUGCAGUGGACAGCAGGUGCCAUCUCGACUGCAGAAUGGGAAGGUGUCAAGCUGAAGGAUGUCCUGGCAGAUGCCGGACUCAAGCCAGAAUCUCUUCCGGAAGACGCCAAGCACGCCCAGUUCACGGGACUCGAGGCAUAUGGAGCAUCAAUUCCGAUGACCAAAGCAGUCGAUCCGCACGGCGAUGUUCUUCUUGCUUUCAAAAUGAACGGAAAAGAUCUGCCACGCGAUCAUGGCUAUCCACUUCGAGUAAUUGUUCCAGGAAACGUAGCAGCCAGAAGUGUGAAGUGGCUUCGCAAGAUCGUGAUCUCCGACGAAGAGUCACUCUCUCAGUGGCAGCGAAGGGACUAUAAAUGCUUUGGGCCGAACGAUACCAAGCCAGACUGGAGUAAGGCCAAGUCGAUCCAGGAAAUGCCCAUAACCUCUGCGAUAACCAGCAUCUCGAAUCCGUCCUCACCUCCUAGCGAUUCAAAGCACGACAAUCCAAUCAGCGUUGAAGGAUACGCGUACUCUGGAGGUGGCCGAGAAAUCGUGCGUGUUGAUGUCAGCACAGAUGGCGGAAAGACUUGGGACCAAGCAGAGCUGGUGGAUGACCAAAUGAGCGGAGCCAGAGCUUGGUGCUGGAAGAGAUGGCGAUAUUCUGGAUUGAAGCGCAAUUCGGGAAAGACGACAGUACUGGUAAAAGCAACGGAUGAAGCGUACAACACACAGCCAGAGAGUUAUGAAGCCAUUUACAACACGCGGGGAAACCUUGCGACCGCUUGGCACAGAGUUGAGAUU